CUUUUGAAAAUGAUAGAUACGGCAUUGAGUUCUUCAGGGACCCAGGUCGUUUUAGCAGCAUCCAGCGAUGAAAAUUAUCCCCCAGAAAACAUCAUCGAUGGAAACACGGAGACGUUUUGGAUUUCAACGGGAAUGUUCCCACAGGAGUUCAUCCUCCGAUUCUCAAACACAGUGAAAAUCACCCUCAUCACAAUUCAUUGUUACAACGUGAAGAAUCUCAAAAUUGAGAAAAGCACUUCAAAUGAUGCAACUGAUUUCCAGAACAUUGCAGAAAAGGAGUUUGAACACACAGACGGCCAUCUUCAAACAAAUGAUUUUUCUCUCAACGGCACGAGCGCAACGCACUUGCGGUUCAUCAUAACAUCAGGAUAUGACCAUUUUGUUUCAAUACACAAGGUCACUGUCGAGGGUGUAAAUUAUUAAUUCGAUAUAAAACACUAAUUAAUGUAAAUGAGUUUUGAAAUAAGUUGUCAUUCACAGGAUUGGGGUUCAGAUUUUAAUGCACAUGUAUACAAGUUUAUUUACAUCCGACUUUUAUCAUGUUCCACAUAGC